GCUUCCUCUUCGCUUCUUCCAUCGCAUCGACUGUUGUUCUUAAAAUGGCGCCGCUGGACCUGGAUAAGUAUGUUGAAAUUGCGAGGCAGUGCAAAUAUCUUCCAGAGAACGACUUAAAGAGAUUGUGUGACUAUGUAUGUGACCUGCUACUUGAAGAAUCAAAUGUACAGCCAGUAUCCACUCCAGUCACUGUAUGCGGGGACAUUCAUGGACAGUUUUAUGACCUAUGUGAACUCUUCAGAACUGGGGGCCAAGUACCAGACACAAACUACAUUUUCAUGGGAGACUUUGUUGACCGAGGAUAUUACAGCUUAGAAACAUUCACAUAUUUGCUAGCACUUAAAGCAAAGUGGCCUGACCGCAUCACACUGUUGCGUGGCAAUCACGAGAGCAGGCAGAUCACACAAGUGUAUGGCUUUUAUGAUGAGUGCCAAACUAAAUAUGGAAAUGCCAAUGCCUGGCGAUACUGCACUAAAGUUUUUGACAUGCUGACUGUUGCUGCCUUGAUAGAUGAGCAAAUCCUUUGUGUACAUGGUGGCCUUUCACCUGACAUCAAAACUUUGGACCAGAUACGCACCAUUGAACGCAAUCAGGAAAUCCCUCACAAGGGAGCAUUUUGUGAUCUUGUCUGGUCCGAUCCAGAGGACGUAGACACCUGGGCUAUCAGCCCAAGGGGUGCUGGCUGGCUGUUUGGUGCCAAGGUUACCAAUGAGUUUGUUCACAUCAACAACUUGAAGCUGAUUUGCCGUGCUCAUCAGUUGGUUCACGAGGGCUACAAAUUCAUGUUUGACGAGAAGCUGGUAACCGUCUGGUCGGCCCCAAACUACUGCUACCGCUGUGGUAACAUAGCCUCCAUCAUGGUCUUCAAAGACGUGAACACACGGGAGCCCAAGUUGUUCCGGGCCGUUCCUGACUCGGAAAGGGUCAUACCACCGCGAACGACAACACCCUACUUCCUUUGAGGUUUUCACUGUCGCCUUGGUCCAGACCUCUCCUUUUCAAUGCUCUGUCAAACACUCUUUUAUUGUCUUUAAUUUCUGUUGCAUUUUUUUUAAGCAAAUAUUUUUGUAAAGAGUAAAGUGCUCUCCAAAAUAACCACAGCAAACUAUGGUCAGGAUUAUGAACCCUGUUGAAGUUUGGUCAUUAUUUGGUCAGUAUAUUCUUCUUAAUGUGAGAGUGUGAUCGUAAUUAAGUGGACAUCCUCAUUCUGUUCUCAAAGCCACUCUUCUUACAGGGCUUUAAAUAUAGACCUAACAGCCAUUGACCAUUUAAUGACAAAAGUUUAUGGUGUAACAACUCGCCUGGUCUGAACAAAGUGUUUUUUUUUUAUUUUAUUUUUUUUUAUUAGAGGACAGAUUGGAAAGUCACUGAAACAGCUGUAUUGAAGAAGUCUGCUCCUCUAAUUAAGUAUAGAAAAGGGUUGAGGUGAUGAUCAGACAACAGGACAAAGGAGGUUGUGAUUAUUUUGUACAUUAAUAUAAUUGUUUGAUUUAAUCAUCUUUUUCUCAGAUUUGUUGUAUUUUAUUAUUGUAGAAAACAGCAGCCCAUUUACCAAUUAAAUAUUGAAAAUAAACCCCUUUAUUGUUAAGUUACA